GACAAACAAGGACAUAUUGGGAGUGGAGAGGCCCAGUUUUUACGCCGUUCUAUUUGUUGCAAUGAGCAAAUGCCAAGAAUGCCAUUCGCAUCUUCUUCCAUGACUAUUAUUCUAUUCUCUUACACAUUCAUCUGUCUCAGUUUCUGAAUGACCCAAUAACCCAUUUUCCCCGCUCCACCGAUCACCCACACCAUGCGAGGCCACGAUUGGAUCAACAACUCGCUUCCCGAUGAGUUAAUCGUCGAAAUAUUCUCCCAUCUCCACACUAAGUCCACCCGCGACGCCUGCUCCCUCGUCUGCCGCCGCUGGUUCCGCCUCGAACGCCGAACCCGAGCCACCCUCCGAAUCGGCGCCGCUCACCUCUUCCUCGACCUCCUCCCCACCCGCUUCUCCAGUCUCAGAAACCUCUACAUCGACGAACGCCUCUCCAUUCCCCUCCAACUCGGAAGAAAACGAACCGCGGAGGAAGAUAGCGAUCUCGAGUCCGUCUGUUUAUCCGAUGCUGGUUUGUCUUCACUCGGAGAAGGCUUCCCCAACCUUCACAGAUUGGGCUUAAUCUGGUGUUCCAAUGUCUCUAGCGAUGGCUUGACGUCCUUUGCUCGGAAAUGCAGUUCCCUCAAAGCCUUAGAUUUACAAGGUUGUUAUGUCGGGGAUCAGGGCCUGACUGCUGUUGGACAGUGUUGCAAGCAUCUUGAAGAUUUGAAUCUGCGCUUCUGCGAAGGCUUGACUGAUUCGGGUUUGGUUGAGUUAGCAGUUGGUGUGGGAAAAUCUUUGAAAUCUCUUGGUGUGGCGGCCUGUGCUAAGAUAACUGAUAUCUCGAUGGAGGCUGUAGGAUCAAAUUGCUGCUCCCUUGAGACAUUGUCCUUGGAUUCUGAGUUCAUCCACAAUAAAGGGCUGCUCGCUGUGGCUCAGGGUUGUCCAGCUUUGAAGGUUCUAAAGCUUCAAUGUAUUAAUAUCACAGACGAUGCUUUGAAAGCCGUAGGUACUAGCUGUUUGUCUCUGGAGUUAUUGGCACUGUACAGUUUUCAGAGAUUUACUGAUAAGGGGUUGCGUGCAAUUGGGAAUGGAUGUAAGAAGUUAAAGAAUUUGACUUUAAUUGAUUGCUAUUUUUUAAGCGACAAGGGUCUGGAAGCAAUCGCUACUGGUUGCAAGGAACUUACACAUCUUGAAGUCAAUGGAUGUCACAACAUUGGAACUUUGGGGAUAGAAUACAUUGGGAGAUCUUGCCAGAAACUCACCGAGUUAGCAUUGCUUUACUGCCAUAGAAUAGGAGAUGUUAGCCUUCUUGAGGUGGGGCAGGGGUGCAAAUUCUUGCAAGUUCUUCACUUGGUAGAUUGCUCAAGCAUCGGUGAUGAUGCUAUGUGUAGUAUAGCUAGUGGCUGCCGGAAUAUAAAGAAACUUCAUAUUCGUCGAUGUUACAAGAUUGGGAACAAGGGAAUCAUUGCUGUUGGCAAGCAUUGUACAUCUCUAAUAGAUCUUAGCAUUCGAUUCUGCGACAGGGUGGGGGAUGGGGCCCUUACUGCAAUAGCUGAGGGGUGUUCCCUUCGUUCUCUGAAUGUUAGUGGUUGUCAUCAAAUAGGAGAUGCUGGAGUGAUAUCCAUCGCAAGGGGCUGUCCUCAACUCUGUCAUUUAGAUGUGAGUGUCCUGCAGAAUCUGGGCGAUAUGGCAAUGGCUGAGUUGGGUGAAAACUGCACAUUACUUAAAGAAAUAGUGCUCUCACACUGCCGUCAAAUUACUGAUGUUGGCCUGACGCAUCUUGUCAAGAGUUGCACAAUGCUGGAGUCAUGUCAAAUGGUUUAUUGCUCUGGUAUAACUUCAGCUGGAGUCGCCACCGUUGUUUCUAGCUGUCCCAACAUAAAGAAAGUCCUGGUUGAGAAGUGGAAGGUUAGCCAACGGACGAAGCGACGAGCAGGCUCUAUAAUUGCCUACUUGUGCGUGGACCUUUAGAUCAUAUACAUUAUAUCUCUGACCUUGAGCUUUUUUCUAUUUGAUUUGUGAAUAUAACAAAAUGCUACUGGCAAUUCAGUCUAGCCUAAUGGGUGCGGAGGAUGAGGCAAGUUAGGGUGCCCUCCUUUACAGGAAUUGUAAUUAUGAGAGUAUCAAUAGUGUAGAAACCAAAGGUUUAGAUAAAAAAUGUUUACAGUAGCAUGGUCUCUGGGUAUAUUAUAUAAAGAGGAUAACUGAUAUUUGAUUUAAGACGUUACGGAGAAAUCUUGUUAGGCUAAACCAGAGGUUUCAUUUCAUGUUACUUCUCCAAGUAAUAAGCCUCAAUUGUCCUCAGAGAGAUCUUGUUCUUUUCUUGGAUUUCGGAUUCUUUGUUGAAGUAUGGAUUUGUGCAUGGUUUCUGUAAUA